CUCAAUAAAUAUCUUCGAUAUGUCAGUAGAGUAGAUGACGUCGUUUUCUACUAUGACGUCGUUCGUUUUUUCAUGGUUCAGUAGUGGUACAUUGAUACGGUUCAGUGAAUUAAGAUAUUUCUUUAGAAGAAUAAAAACGGCUUUCUUUUUUUGCAUGUAUACAAAGUAACAGAGGAGUACGCAGAUUGAGUAUGGCGCAGUGCUACCAGGAUCUGCAGUCGAAAUUGUUGAUACGGUUUCCAUGACAACAUGAUAUUCGUUUCCUGCAAUUUAUGAUAUCUUUGUGAGAGCCAUCACGGGGGAGUUCGCGGCGUGCAGUAUUAGAAUACAGUACACGAAUGAUUAAAGAGAACUUCGCAAUAGACAUGUUUUAUUUCGAACGUGACAACACUACAUUCCAGUCUUCGCCUGAUUACCAUGGUAACACCUAUCGAGCAAGUUUCGAGCUGUAUCCCUUCAACGAGGGAAUCGAGUACGCGGUUUACAAGGGAAUGCUCAAUGGGAAUGGUCCCAAGCGAGGCGCUUUCUGUGCCGCGAAAGCGAAACUAGGCCGGAAGUCUUGCGAAGAAGACUGGAUGCAUGUGUUAGAGAUUUCCAAGACGGCUGACGUGUUGGCGUCAAGCUUCAACAAUUAUAUUCGACAAAGAGUAAUCCAGUUCACGAUUCCUUUAAUAGCACAGAUGGACAGCGUGUCGGAUUUCGCUGUUGUCAUAAAUUGUUUCAAGCCCCACGCGAAGAAACUGACCAAAGGAGAAUACAUCAUCUUGGAAGAUUUCAUUUUUGAAGAAUUUCAAAAUUUCUCGACCGUUACAAAUACAAAGCAGAAAACUGAUGCCUUUUCACACUUUUCUUGGCACGACACGCGAGAUUUUGUGAUAUGUGGCUUACAGGGGGCCAAAACGGAAGGUGGCUUCCAUUUAACCACGCCAACAAUCCAUUCGCUUUCCCAUCGGUUCGGACCGAACGAUCACCACUGGGAGGGAAUAGUGCAAUUCUUCUCAGCUCACACGUGUAACAGUAUAUGCAGUGGGUUGAACAUCCCCGACCUCACCCGGUUACCCGUGGUUAAAUACCCCGCUGUUUCCGGCUUCAGUACGACCUCGUAUUGUCUCAAACUCGCUUCUGCCCCACCGCCAUACUCUUAGCCCAUCUCAGUUCUGGCACGGUUUGUACCUUCAGUAACUUCUGGAUCCAAAUCAAAAUCAAACUAGGUUUAUCAUGCCCAUAUCCAUUCAGGAUUCGGGCAUGUCCACCCUGGGCCCUGUCUCUGAAAUAUGAGCACAGUUUCAAAUAUGUCCUCACAACAGUACCACUCUUAAUGCUGGAAUGUAUUAACAAGAAUGAAAAAAACUGCUAAAGUUCGAAAAUUCAUUGUAAGCAAGUUUUGAAAUUAAAUUUAGAACACGAAGAGCUGUAUAACAAUAUCCCUUUGGUUUAGGUUUCAAUUCGACCAUUAGAAAUUUUCCAGUACAGUGUUUAUUUUUUCAGAAGUUAUUACGGUACGUGCUGGAUGGGGAUUUAAAGACACAAGUGUUCAUUGGUGUGCCAAUUCGGUGGGUACCUGUGAAGUAGGUCGAAAUAUCUACCACUAUGAACGUAGUUGCCUAUUAAUGUUAUUAUAUAUAUAUUUAUGUUUGGUUAGACGUGUUCUAAUUAAAUUCGUGUCGAGAGUCUAUUUAUUUGUUAUAGUACACGUGUACAUAGGUUUUAAUGUGUUAUAAGUCUAUUUAUAUGUUUUGAUAGACGUGUAGAUACGUUAUUUAUGUUGUUAGUCUAUUUGUUAGUGGUGUACAUAUGUUUUUAAUGUUGAAAGUCUAUUUAUAUGUUAUUAGACGUGUAGAUACGUUAUUUAUGUUGUUAGUCUAUUUGUUAGUGGUGUACAUAGGUUUUUAAUAUGUUGAAAGUCUAUUUAUAUGUUAUUAGACGUGUACAUUUGUUUUUAACGUCUUAUUUAAAGUCUAUUUAUAUGUUCUUAUAGACAUGUAGAUAUGUUCUAUGUCUUAGAGGCAUGUCCAUUUAAGGUGGGUCUUUUAGGCUUGUACAUAUGUUUUUGUGUUGAAAGUAUUUAAAUGUUAUUAUAGACGUGUGCAUAUGUUUUAAUGUGUUGAAAGUCUAUUUAUAUGUUAUUAGACAUUUACAUAUAUAUAUUACAAAAAGUCUAUUUAGAUUUAUGUGCGGCGGUACUUCCGUUGUUAGCUAUAUUGAAUUAGUCGCACUGCAUUGCUUCAAACUUCUGAUACAAGUCAAUCCUGAUCUAUGAUUCGAGGAUUAUUUGUAAGUAAUUGCUGGUGUGAUAAGUGCAAUAUUUAAAAUGUGUACGUUGUGGGCUUUAUGCAAUAAGUUAAAGUAUACGAUAGGCCUAUGUGCAAUAUAUCCGUUAGUGUAUGUCGUGAGAUGUGUUUAUUAAGUGUGAACGAAUCAGAGAAAAUGAGAGAGAGAGAGAGAGAGAGAGAGAGAGAGAGAGAGAGAGAGAGAGAGAGAGAGAGAGAGAGAGAGAGAGAGAGAGAGAGAGAAAUUAGAUGUCCAAUGUUGAUUAUAAGUCUUAUAUGUAGAUGUUUUUAUUUUGAGUUGAAGUCAGUGAAUGAGUGAUAUAUAUAAAUAUAUAUAGAUAUAGCUAUAGAUAUAGCUAUAGAUUAUAUAUAUAUAUAUAUAUAUAUAUAUAUAUAUAUAUAUAUAUAUAUAUAUAUAUAUAUAUAUUUAUUUAUUGAUUUAUUUAUUUAUCUAAGUAUCCAGUUCUUCGAAUAAACAAUACAUUUAGUGAAGAAUUAUUAACAUUUCCUCGAUGGCACGUCUAGUGUCACGUACGACAGCUUAUGUUUUAACCUCUGGUGUUGAACGGUUUUGACCUUUGGUGUUCAAAUGUCUGACAUAAAGGCAAAAUUCUGAAAUUAGUAAUCAUAUAUUAUUAUAGAUAAUAUUAUGUCGUACGUCCGGUAAUGCUUUUACUUCAAAUGUUCAAAUGUAGGUUAUAAUAUUAUGUUAAAAUUCUGACAUUAAUAUUCAUUGUCGGACAUACGGCAAUGUUCUGACUUCUUGUGUUAAAUUAUCGGACAUACGGUAAUGUUCUGACAUUAAUAUUCAUUGUCGGACGUACGGUAAUGUUCCUUCUUCUUGUGUUAAAAUAUCGGACAUACGGUAAUGUUCUGAAAUUAAUAGUCAUAUGUCGGACGUACGGUAAAGUUCUGACAUUAAUAUUCAUUGUCGGAUGUACGGUAAUGUUCUGAAAACUUGUGUUAAAAUGUCGAAAAUAUAUAUGGUACCGUUCUUACUGGUUUAAUACAUUGAAAUGUCGGAUAUCUAGUAAUGUUCCGACUGAUUGCAAUUUAUGGUAAUGUUAGAUGACAUUGAUAUUCAAAUGUAGGUCAUAUGAUCACGUUCUGGUGUUGAAAUGUCGCUCUUAGGUAAUAUCUUUACUCCAAAUAUUCAUAGUACAUGCGUUAAUCCUCUGAUAUUGAUACUCAGAUAUCGCACAUGAGGUAGUAUUAUGUUCUGAUCCCUGGUGUUCAAAUGUCACUUAUACAGUAAUACGCUAACCCUGAUGUGCAGAAAUACGUUAAUCAACUAACAUUGAUACUCAAACGUCUGACAUACGGUAAUAUUAUGUUCUGAUCGCUGGUGUUCAAAUGUCACAUAAUAUUAUGUACUGAUACGCAGUGUCAUAAAAUGUAAAUCGUGACACGUUAACUUAUAUUUAACGUGUGGGUAUUUAUGAUGUAUAAUAGUCACAUCAACAUGUGUAUGUAGUUUCACUUUUGUUUUGUGUUAUAGCAAUCACACCAACGUGUGUACAUGGUCACAUGGUUUGUGUUAAAUUAUAUAGAUAUAUGAAUAUGUUAAUGUUUUUCAUGUUUAGCAGGAACACCAACUUAUUAUGUGGUGUUAUGUUUGUGUUAAAUUACACAAAUUCACAUCAUAUGGAUAUUUUUUCCUAUGUAACAGUCAUACAGACGGUGUGUGGUGUAGUGUUUGUGUUAAAUUACAUACAUUCAUCAUAAUACGUGGAUAUUUCUCAUGUUUAACAGCCACGCCAACACGGCAUUGUGUAUGUGGUGUCACUUGUUUUGUGUUAAAUGACAGAUUCAACAAAAACAAAAAACCCAUGCCCACAGCCGUAUUUGUGGUUUCACUUUUGUGGUUUUGUCAUAAUACACAGAUUCAUUAUAUAUGUGAAUACUUCACAUCAACACAAAUGUGUAAAUGUGGUUUUAUAUGUGUUCUGUGGUACACAAGUACAACCUGUAUGUGUUUGUAUCUCAUGUGUAUCUGCCACACAGACAUGUUUGUGUUUUCAUCUUUGUGUUGUGUUAAAUUGAUAUAGAUUCAACACGUGGGUAUUAUUCGGCUGUCACACAUAUAAUUAUGUGUAUAAUGUUUGUCACACAUAUAAUUAUGUGUAUAAUGUUUGUUACACAUAUAGUUAUGUGUAUAAUGUUAUCCACACAUAUAAUUAUGUGUAUAAUGUUAUUCACACAUAUAAUUAUGUAUACAAUAAUUUACUGUGUAAUAAAACAACACCAGAGGA